GCGAUCCUUUCCGUUUAUUUUUUAUUUAUUUAUUUAUUUAAAUCGCGUUCCCCUUCCCGUGCGUCAUCAUCGUCUCGCCCUCUGGUGACGUCCACAUUCCGCGUCUCGUUCGCACGUGGAAGAGGAAUGGAGGGCGGAUUGGGACGCAGCUCCGGGCCCGGCCCGACGUUAGCGCUCCGCGGGACGUUGAUGGCCGUCGGCGGUGGGAGCCGGCUGCUGGUAGCGCGGAGAGGGGAGGAGAGGGAUGAUACUCUCUUCGUGUAUGACUGUGCCAAUGUGGAAAAGAAGGCCUUAGGAAAUAAAGGACAGGAUGGACAACCAGCAGACAAAGGAAGCGAUAACAUCCUAGCUUUUGCCUUCUCCCCAUCAGGAGAUUAUUUUGUCUUGACAGAUGACAACAAACAGCUGAUUCUAUUUCGGACUAAGCCCUCUUGGGAAUGCAUUAGCAUCAGGCCUGUGAAUAGGAGAUGCACUUCACUCGUUAUUACAGCUGCAGAGGAUAAGAUUCUGGUGGCAGACAAAUCUGGUGAUGUCUAUUCGUACUCAAUAACAGAACCACAAGCAGAGGGCAAAUUUGAACUGGGUCACUUGUCCAUGCUACUGGAUGCGGCACUGAGUCCCGAUGACCGCUAUAUCCUCACUGCAGAUAGAGAUGAGAAGAUCAGAGUCAGUUUGACUAAGGCUCCUUACAACAUUGUAUCUUACUGCCUGGGACAUGAAGAGUUUGUAAGCAGAAUAUUUGUAGUACCCAACUAUCCUGAUCUUCUGUUGUCAGCUUCUGGGGAUUGCACUCUAAGACUUUGGAAAUAUGAAACUGGGGAAGAAGUGUACUGCUGUCAUCUAAGCAGUGUCUGUGGGUCUGAGACAACCAAAGUGGACCAGAAAUAUAUUGUCUCAAGAAUAGCCUACUGCUGUCAAGGAAGUUAUGUUGCCAUACUGUGUGACUGUAUUCCCACAGUCUACAUCUUUCAGCUUGAUGCCGUUGCCCAGCAGCUAGUUUACAGAGAGCAAAUUUCUUUGAAGCAUAAAUGUUGGGACAUUGCAUUUGGGGAAACAGGAGAAAUCUGGAUUCUACAGGAAGACAGUGAAGCCCCUCUUCAAUUGUACAGACCAUGUGAUGGACAGUGGAAGUCUGUAACCGAUGAUGAAGAAUUGCAGAGGAUGUCUAAAUAUCUUCUUGACAACUGGACAACAUUUGAAGGGUUUGUUGGUGCAGAGAGCCACUACAGCAGUCUCUACAAGGCUUCGUUUGAUAGUAUGGCUGUCUACCUACAGAGGAAAGAGGAAAGGAUACAGAAGCAGAAAAAGAAAAGGCAGAAUCUGCAACAUGAUGCUAAUGGACAAACCAAAAAGAUCAAAACAGAAGAAUCAUCACUAUGACACUGUUUGUUGUUGGCUUGUAACUUUUGCUUUGCUGGAAGGAACUGAUUGGACUGUAAACUGUUUUUAAAUGGAAAAGGAUUAAUGGAAGAAGAUUUGUUUAAACUCAAAUUCAAGUUUUCAGGCAGCCCACUGUAGCAAUAUCCCGCUUGCAGCAGCUAUUUUAUGUACUGUAUGUCUAAGCUUCUGAGAGCAUAAAAAUGUCAGUAUUUCAGUCCUAGAGAUCUCUGCUGCAUGACGUAUGAUUACUGGUGGCUUUCUCUGAAGCAGGAUUUUCCUUUUGCCUACUGUGUUCAGGCUUGCAUCUUCAGGUGAAAGUGCACUGAUUGAAAUUGACAUUUUUUUCACUUUUUAAAAAUUCAGUUAGUUAAUGUAACUAGCACAGCGUAACUGGCUGUGGGAAAGGGGCUAUUGCAUAAUUCUUGCUGCCUGUGAAGGGUUUCCAUUUAAUGUGGUUAGACGUCUGCCUGGCUUCAAUUCAAUGCUUCUCUUUGGAGGAAGGAGUGCAGAAAUAGGUUUUACACCCUGAAAAGUAAAAGUGAAAAGUGUCAGUCAACUUUAUGCUAUUGGAAGAUUCUUCUGUUGCAAUAUGAUCCCAGUCUGUCUGUGAAGAUGAUUUGAAAGGCCUGUGAGCAAUGCUUGGGAGUGUGCUCUGCUUCAUUCAACAAGAACUCUUUCAUGUUGCAAUUAGCCAAGAGGCACAUCUUUUUGAAAAGUUAUCAGUGAGAGCCUUCAGGGGUCAGUUGCUGCUUCAUCACAUGGCAGAAGAUGUGUGUUCAUCUACCAGAUGGCAUCCUGGCUGUAUGAUAUAUAAUACAAUAUACUUCAGCUGAGACCGUAAAAUCCAGGUGUUGGUAUCUGUAUAGUUCAUUAAAGAUACUCAGCAUUA